UGAUGUGGAGGCUCACUAGAUUACAGAAGUAAUCAAAGCUCCAGAGAUAUAUAAUAUCCUUAGAUGGUUCCUUAAUAGAUGAUGAGAUUUUAAAGAUGGUAAGAACUAUCAAAUGACAACUAAUGAACUUGAAACAAAACUUAAAGAAGAUUUGGAAUGGAUGGAGAAUAUAAAGUACUCAUAGUGGUUAUGAAUUAAGAUGCAAUCGAGGUUUGAGAAAUCAUUAGGGUUUGAGAGGAUAACACACAAAAACAAAAGGAAGAGGAGGUUAAGCUUUGGGAGUAGAAAGAAAAAAGAAGAGAAAUGCAUUUAUUUGUUUUUUAUGUACAUUAAAAUUUGA